AAAUUUGUAAACUAAAAUAAAGAUGAAUAACUUGGUUGUAACAGUAGUAGGAAUUAUUGUGCUAUUUGGUUUUUCAAAAGCCAGAAGUAUCAAUGAUUAUCCUAGUGAAAUAGAUUUAAAUUUAAGCAAAGUUAGAAAAACCCCUAUACAACAAUGUAAUUCUAAUUUAACAGUGGUAAACGUACAGUUUUUUUCCCGUGAUAAACUUUGUACUGAAGCGCCUUGUCAAAUUUAUGCUGGUGAAGAAGUGUUCAUGGUUAUCAAUUUUAAAGCACCCAAUUAUUUGGAAAACAUCAGUCCUGAAUUUAUUAUCAACAUUGGCAGCGGUAUCACCAUACCUUUCGAUAUUGGACAACCAAAUGCUUGUGAUUUCUUUACGAAUACCAUGUGUCCUUUGGUUAAAGAUGAACCAAUUAGCUACAAACCUAGUUUCAAGUUACCUUCAGUGUUACCAGACAAGGUGACAGCUUCUUUUCAAUUCUCUCUUGUCGACAAAAGUGAAAAAAUUAAAGUGAUUUGCUUUAUGUUGGAUUUCAGCGUAAACAGAUAAAAUACAUUAAAUCAAAUAUGUGAUAAAUAAUUUGCUAUGCAAAUAUGAAUCUAUUAUUAAAUUUUAUUAAAUUUUUUAUGUAAGUACACAAUGUAAUGAUAUUUUCUUAUUUUAUUAAUAAAGAAUUUGUUGAUUAA